AUGGUAACAUGUUUGAUCAUUAUGUCUAUAUUUCAGUGUUGGGUAGCUGAGGUAAAGCAAAUGAAGAUGAGAUAUGAUGCAGCUAUAGAAGCAAAAAAGGGGAACCCACCUAUAAUGCCUGCUGUCAUGACUCCAGGAGGACCCUUGGAUCUUUCAUCUGUAUUGUUCCGCAACCGUAUUAUCUUCAUAGGACAGCCUGUUAACUCACAAGUGGCACAACGUGUUAUAUCACAGCUUUUAACACUUGCUUCUAUUGAUGAUGAUGCUGAUAUUCUGGUCUACCUAAACUGCCCUGGUGGAAGCACCUAUUCCGUCUUAGCAAUUUGCGACUGUAUGUCAAGGGUAAUAACUUGAAUUUUGUCAAUUUUGUGGUACAUUUUUUACAUGAUUGACCAUGCUCCAGAUCUUUAAUGUAAAGCUGGCUAUCCUGUCCCCCUCUCAGUGCCUCUUUUGCAUGUACGAACUCAUCAUUAAAGUUCUGAAUCCUAUGCUUUUGUUUGUGUUUCUGGUAACAAUCAUGAAGGUUACUGUCAAAAUAUUAAGUGCUUUAGGCUGCAGCA